AUGGACGUUGAUGAAACUGCUGACAAUGAUACUAGUUGGGAAGACAUGGUUGUGGAUGCGUCUGGAGAUCUCAAUCAGUCACAAAACUUAGAUGUUGUUCCGAUUGAGGGGGAGCGCACAGACAUACAAGUCAUUGACACAAACAAUUCGAUGAUACGUCGUACUUCACACGGAUCGGUCGCUGGAAGUAGCAAUAAUGGUACACACAUGCUCUCAGGAAUACCUGAUCAGUCGCGAGCUAUUAUAGUUUGUGAGAAUUCCCGUGCCCCAGAUGAUCGAAUGGAGAUAUACUCAGGGUCGAACAAAAGACCUUAUAGUACAUUCACGUCAUCUCGUCUACUCACGAAUGAUGAUUUUGACGAUGAGAGGAUUGAUCUACCGCUUUUAACUGAUGGAUCACCUGUCGAUGGCAUAAAUGAAGAGCCGGACCCUAAACGUCAAUGUGUUGACGAUUACGAAAUAUCGCUUUCUGCUACUGAUGUACCAAUGAAUUUACGAGAGGCGUUACAGUCGAUGGACGCAGAAAAAUGGAAGGCAGCAAUUCAAGCAGAAAUUAAUGCUCAUCUUAAGAACCACACAUGGGAUGCUGUCAAUCGUCCUCCAGGUGUCAAGGUCAUUGGUCACAAGUGGGUAUUUGGUUACAAGUACGAUGAAAACGGUCAAAUUGUUCGUUACAAAGCACGCUUGGUUGCCCUCGGAUAUCUGCAAACGCAUGGUUUUGAUUACUUCGACACAUAUUCACCUGUAGCAUGCUCAAACACGAUUCGUGUAUUUUUGUCUGUUUGUUGCAGUAUGCAAUAUGUAAUUCGACAAUUUGACGUGGAAACGGCGUUUUUGAAUGGUGAUUUGGAAGAAGACGUUUACAUGGAGGCACCAUAUGGAAUUGAAAUUGCACCUGGAAUGGUGUGCAAAUUACGACGCAGCUUAUAUGGAUUAAAACAAGCGGCUGCGGUUUGGCACAAGAAAAUAUGCUCUGUGUUUUCGGCCAUGGGCUUCGAACAAUGUCGAGCAGACACAUGUCUUUUUGUUCGACGCAAUAAUGCAAAAAAUAAGUCACCCACAUACAUAGUCUUGUAUGUGGACGACCUCCUUAUUGGAUGCAAGUCAGAUGCAGAGGCGGACACGAUUUAUAAGGAAUUGUCAGAACAUUUUACUGUCAAGUCACUUGGAGCUGCGCGGUUUAUUUUGGGCAUGGAAGUUAACUACUCACAAGAAAAGGGGGAGUUGGUGUUGAAACAGUCCCAAUUUAUUAUGAAGGUGGUCUCGAAGUUUAAGCAAAAUGAAGCUUAUGCAGUUCGCAACCCUAUCUGCGCAGGACAGGACCUAACUCCGGAUGAAUCACACCCAGUGGUUAAAGACAUUACUUCGUAUUGCAAAUUGGUCGGCUCGCUGCUGUAUAUUGCGAAUGCAACGCGACCGGACAUAAGCUACGCGAUGUCAGUAUUAUCGCAGUACUUGGACCAGCCACGACAGAUGCACUGGCGAGCGGCUUUACGUGUUUUACACUAUCUCAUGGGAACAAAAUCGCACGGAAUUAAGUAUAACAAAUCGGACGACAAAAAGAUGAUGCUUUGGGCAUACUGUGACGCGAAUUGGGGAAAUGAUAAGAAAACUCGUCGAUCUACGUCUGGAGUGUUGAUUUUACUCGGAGGUGCAGCUGUCGUAUACAAAAGCAAACGCCAAAGUUCGGUGGCUUUAUCCUCUGCUGAAGCGGAAUAUAUGGCACUGGCACUAGCUACGCAAGAAGAUAUGUGGAUUCGUUAUUUGCUGAAAGAGAUGGGUGUCACAUGUAAGACUGCGACUACAGUGCACAUGGACAACAAGUCGGCUAUAAGUAUUGCGACGAAUCAGGGAUAUACUCCAAGAGCUAAGCACAUUGACCUUAGGAUGCAUUUUGUUCGAGACCACAUUGAGCAAGGUGAUAUCCAGCUCAAACAUGUUCCGUCAGCUAUGCAACUUGCUGAUUACCUGACGAAGCCGCUUGGUGCUCCACAAUUGAUGCGACUACGCGAUGAAACUGGAAUUCGCGAGAGUGCAAGUUGA